AUGUACCUGAGGGCCCUUGGGAACUCUAUCAAGAAGUCUAGUCUGCUUUUUCAGCAACCAGUUUCUGUCACACGGGAGUUGUCUCCCUUCCUGAAAAAUGUCCUCAGCUCCAGGUUUGUGGCACGUGUUGUUCAGGAUGAUAACUUGCACAUUGUUUCUGUCCAUCCAGUGGUGACAGUUCCUUUAAGAGAGUGGCAUUUUUAUCGGAACAUUGUUCAAGAUGAUUUACUCUCUCUUCCUCAAGACAUACAUAUUCUUCUUUUGGAGGCCAGCAUUACGCCAGAUCUAUCCAAGGAAAACACUGGAAAUGUUGAUGAAAAUAAUUGUGAAUUAGAGGAAUCAUCCUUCUGCCUUCAGAUUCAAGAAUAUGGUCAAACAUUGGCAUGGAAAGCUGGUGUACCUUGCAGUGUUUUAAUGACUUGCAAUACACCUAGUUUGCUCAACAUGGGUUUAGCUCUUAAGAAUGGCCAGUUACAAUUCCAAGAACUCAAAAUUGGUUCAAUUCUUUCUGUUAAAACUGAGGGCACUGGUUCAAGCCUACUUCUUCCUCCAGCUGUGAAAGAAAGUCUGAAAAGGUCCAACAGUGACCAUAGCAUCGAUGACCGUGAUUUUUGCUGUCAAUCAAAUGAAGCCUUAGCCUCUCCAUGUGAAACGGUGAACAAUUCUGAGCAGGAUGAGGAAGAACUCUUGUUGGACAGUGAAACAGAAAUGGCAGCUGGGGACAUCAAGUAUGAAAAGCUUGAAGCAGAUGAUGAAAUAAAAACGGCUGAUUCUUCAUUUGCUCAAUCAAAGAAAACCGCUGCUAAGCCACCCAACAUUACCGUCUACUGUGGGAAGGAAGACUCCAAAGAGUCUUUUGACCGGAUUCGAAGUGUCUUGGAACAGUGUGUGGAUAAGGAGCGAUAUGUCAUUUACCAGGUUGUGCACAACGAGAUGAAUACAGUUCCUUGGUCAGACAAUACAGAAUUGCUAGUACUGGCUUCUGAGGAGUCUUGUAAGGAUGUUGACGAAGUUGUUUUGACUUAUCUUGAAAGAGGAGGCAAUAUCAUCAGCUUUGGGGGUUGUGUUGAUAAUGUGUUCUUGAAGAUGGAGGCACUUGCUUCCUCCGGUUCUGUCGUUCAGAUGUCGUGCCACAAAUGGAACAAGGUUGUCGUAAAAUGUGGUGGGUUGGCUUAUACUGAUGUUGUGAAGAUGCCUGAGUAUAACUGUUCAGUUUUGGCAAGAGAUGAUGCUUCAAAUAAACCGUUGAUCGUCAAGCUGCACAGUAUUGUUACAGUGAAUCCUGAACCAAGUCUGGCUAUUCUAUCACAGGUGCGUUUUGAUGCCGAUCCUUCUGCAGAAUUGGUUGAUAUUCUUUCAUACCUCUUAUCUACGCAUUUAAAUAUUGAGUGUGCAUCAAAAACUGUUCCUGAUCUUACACCUGGAUUACUUCUGGCAAAAUCAAAGAAAUUGAAGAAGUUGCUUCUGAGGAAUUUAUCCAAGCGGCUAAAAGAUGGUACAUUAAAUUCUUCAGAAGUCUCCCUCAAGUUUGUUCACAGCCUGAAAGAAAUCAAGACCCCAGCGAGCAGUAGUAUUUUACCAGUGAUCACCCACAACAGCAGUGAGGAAGAAGAGAGUUACAAUCCCAAAUAUUUUAAAGCUGACAUGUACUGGACAAAUUUGCACUCGACUGUGUUGGGAACGGUUGUCUUAUACGUGGAUGUUGUUCCAACAACAAUGAAUCUCCUUAAUCAAAUGGUAUUAACGACACCAAAGUCUGUUGGUCUCAUUGCCAUUGCUGGACGACAAACCAGUGGAAAAGGUCGAGGAGGUAACCAGUGGUUGAGUCCAAUUGGAUGCGCAAUGUUCACGAUGCAUAUCAAAAUUGAUCGCUAUUCCAACCUUGGACAGAAUCCAGCAUAUCUCCAACAUAUCAUCACUGUUGCAGUUGUACAAAGUGUCCGCACAUUGCCGGGAUAUGAGGAUUUUGACCUACGGGUGAAAUGGCCAAAUGACCUGUACUUUGGUAAAAGUUCUAAACUUGGUGGACUCUUUUUUUCUUCUUUUUUCUUUUUCUUUUCUUUUCUUUUCUUUUCUUUUCUCUUUUCUUUUUUUUCUUUUCUUUUCUUUUCUUUUCUUUUUCUUUUCUUUUCUUUUCUUUUUCUUUUUUUUUUCUUUUCUUUUUUUUCUUUUCUUUUUUCUUUUUUUUUUUUCUUUUCUUUUUUUUUUCUUUUCUUUUUUUUCUUUUUUUAA